UUCAAGUUCUUCCCCCUUUUCUUUCGAGGUGUUAUAUUUUGCAAAAUUCUCCAUUUGUCUUUUCGUUGCGGUGCUCCCUUCAACUUUUCAGCGCCUCGUCGUCUUACGUUGCACGUCGUCUCUCUGUCUCGUUCUUUACGCGCACAAAUACUUAUAUCAGUGACUGCAGAGUUCCUUCAGACUCACUUGAUCGGGCGGUCACAAAUUUCCACCGAUUACUCUGAUGACGACUCCACCAAUAGAUCAGGAGGACGGUGAGAUGUUGGUCCCUCACGCGGAAUUCACUGAUGGUCCUCGGCCUAUGGAAGUGGUACAAGCAGAAUCAGCAAGCACGCAUAAUGGUCAAUCAGUCGAUGAUUCUCCUGCUGGAAGGUUCACUUGGACAAUUGUGAAUUUCUCAAAGCUUAAUCUGAAGAAGCUCUACUCUGAUACUUUCCCUGUGGGAGGUCAUAAAUGGCGAAUACUUAUCUUCCCAAAGGGGAACAAUGUGGAUCAUUUGUCCCUAUAUCUAGAUGUUGCAGAUUCUUCAACUUUGCCAUAUGACUGGAGUAGAUGUGCGCAAUUCAGUUUAACUGUUGUGAACCAAAUUCAUUGCAAUUACUCAAUUAGGAAAGAUUUCCAUGGUGUCCCAAGUGAUUACAUGCAUGUUGGGAAAUUGAGAGAAGCGAUCGAUACAGCAAAUAAUGCAGAGCUGAAGUUAUUUCUUGAAGUAGAACUUGGUCCGGAUUUGCGGCCCAUACCUCCGCCUGAUAGGACUAAUGAUGAUUUCCUUCUGUUCUUCAAAGUUUAUGAUCCUUUGAGAGGGGAGCUACGUUAUGUUGGAACGCUGUUUGUGAAGGCUAAUGAUAAGCCAAUGGAUAUAUUAGCAAAACUAAAUGCAAUGGCGGGUUUCGCUCCUGACGAGAAAAUUGAACUUUAUGAGGUUGGUCAUUCUUAUUCUGCUAGACAUGAGUUGUUUGGAAGAAGAUAUAUUGUCAUCGAGAAUAAAUCAUUUGACUUGGUUUGUGAGGAGAGAAAGUUGGAUAGUUUGCGUAUUACUGAGAAUGGAUGUGGUUUGAGGUGUUCGAUUUUCUUAGACAAAGAUGAGUACGAGUGGUUCCUUGAUACUUUGGAUGAGUUUUGGUGGAGGAGAGAUAGUGGACGUGGGCUAAACAUUUGGCGAAGAAAAACUACGAGCUAUGGUUAUCUUUUGGGAAGAAUAGAAGAGGGAAUAUCUGGCUUUAACAGUGCAAUGCAAGUGAAGAUGAUUUUCUUCCCCGAUGGCCUACAGGGUAAAGGAUGGUGGAAGUUGCUGGAUACUGCGCUUGAGCUUGCGAACAGACCAGUAAAAAACCCUAACCACGGGCCUGAGAAGGGUCGAGUGAGUAGGAGUGUGCAUAUCGAAAAGGCAAGUCAGCCCAAGGAACCAUGGUAG